AAAACAAAAUUUUCUCUGCCAGCUGUCAUGUCAUUACCUCACGAAAAAAUCUUCGACGUACAAUUUGUAAACAACCAUUUCCAAAAAAAGUAUUCUCAAACUACAGAAACAUAACUUUAUUUAACAACAAAUCGUAAAACUAUCCAUUAAUAGUGGCUUUGUUGAGUUGUGAUAUUUUAUACUAUGCAGGAGCCAUUUUCAAACUAAAUUUUGAGGCACAACAGAUCUUUUUUUUGGUGAAAAAAAAACAUUUGUGUUGUAUUCGUCGCUUCGCUUCAAAGAAGAAGUAAUGAAUAUGGAGUUCAGUUUGUUUCAUCGCAAGAAAAUUCCCUAGUCAUCUUUUUUUUUUAAGAUUAACACACGCCAAUUUAAGAUUGAUUCAGUUUAUCUCGCCUGAAAUUCCUCGAUUUUAUUUGUUAAUUAUUGUUGUGUAAUGUUUUCCAACGGUCUUCCUUGUAAUUUGCCAUUUCCCAGUUGUCUUGGUGUUCCCAAGGAUAGUGGAAGCGACGAACUGUUGCCCGCCAAUAUGGGAAAUCGGGAACCAGUUAUUCUAAAUGUCUAUGAUAUGUAUUGGAUAAAUGAGUAUACUACCUCCAUUGGCUUGGGUGUUUUCCAUUCGGGAGUUGAAAUAUUUGGCACAGAAUUCGCUUAUGGUGGACAUCCCUUUCCUUUUACGGGAGUUUUCGAAAUCACUCCGCGCGACCAUGACGAACUGGGCGAGCAAUUUCAAUUCAGACAAAGUAUACAAAUCGGAUGCACAGAUUUUACUUACGAAGAAGUGCGACGGAUAGUUGAAGAGCUGGGUAAUCAGUUUCGAGGUGACCGCUACCAUUUGAUGAAUAAUAAUUGCAAUCAUUUUUCCAGCUCACUUACACAGAUCCUUUGCGGCCAAGAAAUUCCAAGUUGGGUCAAUCGUUUAGCGCAUUUUAGCUCAUGUGUGCCAUUUCUACAAAGAUGUUUACCAAGAGAAUGGCUAACACCAAACGCCUUACAACAAUCCAUCACAGCAAUACAGGAUCGAGACUCUGAUACCAGUCCCCUUUGAGAGAAGGUUUGAAACGCAAAAUAAAACCGGGAAUUAUAUAUUGAUUAUUGUCGUAUUUUUCACUGCAUAUUCAUCUGUUUUUAGUAAGAAAAAAUGUAAAUCCAUUAAGACAAAUAAUUUAAAGCGUGUAAAAUAAACAAAAGAAAGACAAGUACUAAUUCACUUUGAUAGAGAAAAGAUGUUUACUUCCAACAUUAUAAAAUUCUAAAGUUCAAGUAUAAAAAAAAACACUAACAAAAUUUAACAAUCGAAUAUUUUAGAUUUUCGUGAUCAUAUUUUGUAAAGCUAUUUAAGUUACAACACAAACCACAUUUUUAACUUUUCUACCAAAAAAUAAACAUACAUGUUCAUUGAUAUAUUAAUAUAAUUUCUAUUUUCAAAUUUUAUAUGAAGUCAAUGAAUCGCACAUAUACAUACAUAAAUCUUUUUGUUUGAAUUACUUUGUACUACGUAUUUGCAUGUAUUAAAUUUUCUUAUGUUUAUUAUUUAAUCUGGCUAUAUUAAAUUAAAAUUUUUAAGUAUUUUAGUAUUUUAUUGAAGUCUAUAAUUUGUUUCAAAUGGAGCCAGGCGUUUUCAUGUUUAGUUUUAAUAUUUUGCAUGUUUCAGAAUUAAUUGCAUCGUUGAUACAUUUGUAGGCUAAUGUACAUUUUCUUCACCCAUUACUGAACAAUCAAUCCUCCGAAACACUAAAACGUUAAAUGUGAAACAUUACUAACUCAUGUUCAACGAACUCAACACAUUCAUUUAAUUAAAGUAAAGUAUCGCCACUUUGUCUUACAUAUGCCAAUAAUUAAAUAAAUGCAUGUACGUAAUUGUAAUGAAUAUUAAACUAUCCUGUUAUGUAAAUAACUCCAAAAAUUAUGUUUUAAAUAAAAUAGAAGUAAAAAAGCAUAUGUUAAAGAUAUUUGGAUAUAAAUUUCCAAAUUGUAUAUAUGUAGGCACGUAAUGGAAACUUCCAAAGAAAUUUUAUUAAAUUGUUUUUGAAGACUUUUUUAAUCAAUUGUUUGCAUUAUGAAAAAUAAAAAUAAAAACAUUCUUAUAUACAUUUGAUUCCGACCAAGGUUUUGCUGGAAAUGCCCAGUAUCUUCAAGGGUGUUGAUUAUAUGUAUGUAUUUGUUUUUAACUUUGAUUUUUAAAAGUUUCUUAUUUUUAUUUUUAUUGCAAUUUCCAUUCAAAAAUUAAGAAAAAAGUUUUAAUAAAUUAAGAAACAAAUAAAUGGCAAUAUUAUAUUUUACAAUAAAAAUAAACACUUGAACGUAAAACAUUAAUAUCACAGAAUGGUAAUAAUUGCACUAAGUUUGCAAGUAGAAGAAGUAAAGAAGAUGGGACAAAAUUGUAUGGUGACCAUGCAUGAGAAAGAGUUGUCAGCUUUUUAUCCAAAAAAAGCUAUUUCUUUGAAGUUUUUUGUGUCUACUUCUCAACUAUCUCAAAAUUCACACAUAUAAUGUUCUCAAUACUUCAAAAUGUUUAUGUACCAACCGUCACCUUCCUUUAAGUGUUCCUAGUUCUGGUUUGUCUAUUUUUGUCCAGUAAGUUUAAAAUCAUUAGAUUUAAAAACAAAAACAAAUAUAACUGAUUAAUUAUAUGUUUCAAUUAAUUUAUGUAUCUCAAUAGACAGACGCCGCCCAUCCGGAUAAAAUGUUUGUAUUUGUUUUUAUUUGCAUAAUUUAAAUAAUUGACCAAAAAAGUUUGGCAACAAAUUUUAAUACAUUUAAAAAAAUGAAAGCUUAAACAAAAUAAACUUUUACACGUUUUCUUUGUUUGUUUUCUUAUAGAAGCUGAAUUAUUUCUGUUGAGCAAAGAAAUUUCCACAUGACAUUAAAUACAUUAUUUUUCAAAAAAAAUAUGAUAAAUUUAUUGUAUAUAUUUGCUUUGCCAUAUGAAAUAAAUUAGAAUAAGAUCGUUCUUAGACAACAUCUUAUAGUUGUGAGACAGAAAAUUUAUAUACAUUAACUAAUUUCAUUUCGUCUUCAUAUAAGAACUACUACUUAGCAUUCAUUAUUAUUGAUAAACUUUAGAUAAGGAUAUUUGAAAUUUAGUUUUUCUUUUUGCAAUACAAAUUUGUGUUAAGUCUUAUAAUUGCACAGUCGUUAGCUUCCUAUCCUAUUUUGUUUACGUACAUAAAGCCACGAACUCUUCAAAAUGUCCAGUCUUCUUUACCAUUUUCGUCGACCAAGUGAAUAAAGCAUUAAAUUUUGUUUGUUAAACUUCCAAGUUAAUGACAAAUUCGUAUUCGUUUAAAACAGACAUUUGAUUUGAAAGAAAAUAUAAACAAAAUUCAAUUUUUUUCCAUACAUAACUAAAUAAAAUAAGCAAAUUGCGAGCGUUAGAAAAAUAGGGAAGAAUUCCAAAAGAGAUACCGGUGCAUAUUUGUCUUAAGGUCUUUGCGCUUAUCCCACAAAAGAAUCUAUACUUUAAAAUUGAUUCUGACGGGCACAGUGAUGUAUUAGUGCUAAACUCUAAGUGCUACUAUGAUAUACACUCAGGAGAAUUAUGGCUUUAUCUUCUUUCUCCAUCCUUUUCGACAUUUUGCCAUAAAGUCAGGGUCCUUUUUACAAUAUACUUAUAAGCACACAUGACCUAUCUAAUCAUUUUAUAUUUUUAUUGUUUUGAUUAAGCUCCAUGCCAAUUUUGUUUGGUGGAUUUCUUAUUUUCUAGAAUUCAAAUUUUACAUUGAGCUCGCCCGCAUCAGUAGCAUUUUCGAAAAUUUUGAAGUUCUGUUAGUUUCGAGUGACUACAUAUAUAGAGUCCAAUGAUAAGUGCCAAAUUGGAUCUGUGAGCCCCUUGGCUGCUCGUGAUUAGCCAGCUUAGAAAAUAUUGACAGAUCUUAAAUUGUAUUAAGAUCAGUGAUAUUUCAAAAAUUAGUUAACUGUCUCCCAAAAAUCUUAGACCUCAUUGUAACUAAUCAAUUUUAAACAUUUGUAAUUAAUUUGAUGCAAAGUUAAUAGUUAUAAAUUUAUUGUUUAAGCUAGCCAGAAAAAUUAAUUUAAAUUUAGGCAGUAUAUUUGUUUCAAGGAAGUGGUAUAAUUUGAUGAAUUUACCUUAAUUUUUGUUUGAUUUUUCUAAGUUAUUACAUUAAAAAUAAUAUUAUCAUAAAAGUGUUUUUACAAAUUUAGUUGAUAAGAGAACACCUAUCAAUCAGAAGGAAAACCUUACAAAAUAACACAUCGUUCUGUUCUACACUAUAGUAUUUCAUAACUGCUUUACUUUUUUAAAUUUUGAACUUUUACAGUGUCGCAAGCUAUAUUCAAAUCAUCAUUGUGUUCAGUCCGUUUUGCUGCUGCUAGUUAUGCUGAAAAAGUGAAAUACGUAUAACACACGCAAAACCUAACUCCGGUUACAAUGUCGAUUUAUCAAUAAAAAAUUUUACAAUUUAAAAAAAAAUAAAAAUCGACAAAAUAAAUGACAUAAAAUAUAACUGAUAAAAGAAAAAUAAUACUGUAAAAACAAUUUGUAUGUUCUUUCAUUUCUAUAUAUUUUUUUUAAUUU